GGCGAGGGGGAUGAGAGAGAGAGAGAGAGAGAGAGAGAGAGAAAGAGAAAAAGAAAGAGAGAACGAGCCCGCGGUAUAAAUGUAGCUAGCGCGAGUACCACCAAUCAUUCGCCCUCGAAACUCUCAGAGUUCAUUCUGGUCUCUUCUUGUUGGUUGACGAUACCAAAACGUACCCUGCUACCAAUCAUCAUUCCAGGAGAAUCAUCCCCACUACACGGUCGAUUGAUCGCCCGGCAGUAGUCGUCAUUUGCGACGAGAUUCGCGACCUGUAAAGAAGAGGAAGAGAAGAUUAAACGGGCCCCCGGAAACAGAUUACGGGACCAGUGCUACCGUGAUUACAUAGCUAGAGAGAACGAAAGUAGAAGGUUCCUUCAUCAACAAGAUAACAGCUAUGUUUGUGGGACGGUCUUUGAUUAUUUUCGCCAUUCUCUUGUGCUAUUAUCAAUCUUGGGUCGAAGCAGUGGACUGCGAACAAGAACCCUAUAACCCGGCAUGUCGGGGUUCACAGGCGAGGAAGCGCCUAACACCGUUGCCGGUCAUGCGGUCUUUAAAUUGCGAAGAUGGAGAUUGCAAACUUCCCAGGAUGAAAUUCUUAAUCGCAAUUCUCGACGACACUCCUUACAAUGAGAUUCAUCCCUCCAACUCUGUUCACGGACGCAAGGGCAGGAUGCGAACAGACGAGAUGAAGGAUGUGUAUUUGGAUGACUAUUGAUUCGAUUACUACACUAUGUCGAUGCGAUUCGGCAGAUAUGACUGAACGAUCGACAACUUAUCAGACAUAUACUUGUCCACGUUUGAUUAUCUUUUAUUAUAUUAUCUGACUUGAAUCUCCAUCCGUAUUUUCCCUGAUAUAACAUUUUUCUUUUCCUUUACAUAAUUUUCUCACAAUUUUGGCAGUAGUAAUAAAUGUGCGUGCACUCAUAUUGUUAGCACUCUAAUUUUUCGAUAAUAAAUAUUUAAAUCGCACAACGGAAAAGUAUUAAUUUACCGUCUCGAUCUUGUAGAGAAGUAAUUGUUCGCACGCGAAGUAAUUACGAUCUCUUUCGCGUUAAUCCUUCAAACAACUCGUUAUAUUCUUAAAUGUGACGUAGAAAAAUAAACACUUUAAUAAACAGUA